AUGAGACUUUCGUUCGUCUGCGUUGCCGCUCUUGCUGCGAGCAUAGAGGCAGCUGCUUUUGAAAGGAGGCAAGAUGGAUAUCCAGAUGUAUCCGACUGCGAUCUUGAUGCAUUUCAAGGGCACACGUCAGAGGCAUUGCUCUUCUGCAGCAACAUCUUGAAAUCUGGAACCGCCACUGCGACGGUUAUCAAGAGCUAUACUACUACCACGACUACUACCAAGAAGACUACCAUCACCAUCAGAACGACACCAACCCCUACACCGACUCCCACUCUAACUUCUACUCUGACAUCAACACCGAUUUCAAAUCCGAGUUCUUCGACGACACCUCCACCACCCCCUCCAUCGUCUUCUACUCCCAAGCCCCCGCCCUCUUCUUCGGCACCCCCACCGCCGCCUCCAUCAUCAUCCACUCCCAAGCCCCCGCCAUCUUCUUCCUCUGUGCCCCCGCCACCACCGUCAUCUUCCUCAGUACCCAAGCCAUCUUCAUCUCCCACUCCUGUACAGCCAUCCUCCACUCUCGUGUCCUCAACACUCGUAUCCAGUCCAUCUCCCACACCCACUGGUAGCCCAAGCUGUGGUAUCGCCGGCUAUGUCAAGACGACAGCGGCAUACUACUUCGAGUCGAGCGGAACGAAGAACACAUUUGCUGCCUGCAGUGCACUCUGCAAAGCAGACACAAAAUGCAAGUCGUUUGGCUAUGGCGAGGCGAAUUGCAUGCUGUUUGACGUCGCUGCUGCAGAUAACACAAACCUCAACCCUACCUCUCCCUACACAUUCUACGACGCUUCGUGCCCGUCUGGAGUCCCCGUCGGCAAGCGCUCCCCUCAACUUGACAUCACGCUUGGUCAGCCCGGCGGCAUCAACAUUUCUCUUAACCUUGGUCCAAAAGGCAUUUCCUCGGCCUGCUCGUGCCUCAUUACCAGUGGGCCGGCGAGCACGACAGUUACCAGGACGCAGAGCAGUGCAGUUGUCACGACGGCUACAGUUACCAGCACUACUACGAGGACGAUUGGCGCGGCAUAG